AUGUCCGAAGACGACGAUGAAGCCACAAUCCCCAAGUCUGAAGCCACAACCCACGAUAUAGAAGAUGAAAUCCAAGACUGGAAACUCCUCUCCAAAUCGGGCUCCUCGGCUGCCACCACUGCCAUCCCAAAACGAGGUGAAAAAGAAUUUGAACCCGAUGGAACCAUCAUCCAAUCAACCGCUCUCCAAGAAUCGCGUCGGGCAAUGUAUGAUGCUCUCUCAAGUGUCCGCGGUCAUCAUAUCAAGCAAUCAUUGAUUGGUGUUUGGAGACCAAAGGUGAAUAAUUGUUUUAUUGCCCAUCCGAAGGGGAAUUAUUUUCGGGAUGUUGGACGACCAGAGAAUUUUGGAAAGAUUAAAGGAGGUCAAGCGUUGAAUUGUUAUGAGUGUGUAUAUUUGGUCGAAAGGGGGAGUAUGGUUGUAUAUCUUGCUGAUGAAGAGUAUGAAACGUAUUUGGAAAGCGGUGUCGACAAUGAGGGUGUGAAGUUCGAUGUUGAAGGGAGAUUGAUGGCUAUUGAUUUGGAAUAUUUGUAUUGUUUGGCGGGGUUGGAUGUCGCAAAGUAUCAGAUUUAUUCAUAUUUGAAAAGGUUGGGGUAUAUGAUUCAGGAAUAUAAUUUCGAUCCAGAGCGAAUUAAUCCCCAGGAAGGUGUGAAAGAAGUCGAUGAUGCCACACAAGAAAGAUUUAGAUAUCUUAAAUCAAUCGCAAGAGAAUGGGGAUUGAUGUCAUAUCCGAUUGGACAUAGUUUACAUUUCAAAACCAAACACUACUUCAAUUAUAGAGAUAUAUACAAAUCAUUAUCGUUAGCAAAUGAGACAAUUACUUGCAAGAAGGGUAAUGAUGUUCAGAUAACGUUUAAUGUUUGGAAGCCUACCAAUUCAUUUUCCAAAAAAUCGCCUCCUCCACCAGAUUUCCAAUUAUUUGUAAUGGAUACAUCCAAAUCCAGCUCUUUCCCAUCACUUUCGAAAAUUCACACUUUACAGAAUCAAGUAGUGCCGAAGAUUAAAUCGCCUGGCUCAGGACCAACUACCGCUGCGUCCAAAAAGAAGAAAAACACAAUGCCAUUAUCAAAAAAGGAAAUACGACAAGCAAGACAAGCAGAACGUCAUUCUAAAUUAUCACAAAAUAUUCAACUUCGGAAUAAAUAUCUUAAAUUACGUGAUGAGAAGUUGAAAGCUGGAAAUCUGACUACAGUGUUUGCGAUUGUAAAUCAUGGGAUUAUUAAUUUUGUUAAUUUGUCACAGGGGAAUUUUGCAUUGGGUAAGAAUGUGAAAGAAUUGGAUGACAUUUAUCCUGGUGCAAAUCAUGGGAUUGUAUGUAUAUAG